AUGGCUGAUCAUACACGUUCACACACGACAGCCGACUUAUACCGAAUCCUUCGAGUCCCUGUCAAAGAUCUCUGCAAGGGAUUCAUGAAAUGGAACCCUUCCAUGAAGAGCCCUCGAAACAUGACCCCCGUCAAAGAACGUGACAAGUCCCAUUGCGAAAACGAGCCCUAUAUAGUCACCACUCCAACCACCCCGAACUUGGACGAGAGUUUCUUUGCUAACAUAUCAAGGACUUUUUCUAGAACCAAUAGCCGGAGAAGCAAGACGCCGUCGCCAAGUCCGCGGUCGUUGUCAAGGAACUCGAGUCAGCUCAACUCCACAGCGGAUCGAUUGCUUUCGAGAAAUACGAGUAGAAGGAGUCCUAAAAGUACUCCGAUCAUAUAUUCACAGUCGACGGCGUUGAAGAAACCGCCGCCGGUCGAGAAGAAACUGGAAUGUACGUUGGAAGAGCUCUGCGAUGGAUGCGUGAAGAAGAUUAUGAUCACCAGAGACGCCAUAGUUAACGGGAUAAUUGUAGAAGAAGAGGAGAUGCUGAAAAUAGAAGUGAAACCGGGAUGGAAGAAAGGAACAAAGAUCACAUUCGAAGGAAAGGGAGAUGAAAAACCAGGUUACCUCCCGGCCGACAUAACCUUUUCGAUCGACGAGAGAAGGCACCCGUUGUUCAGUCGAGACGGGGACGACUUAGAAUUAGGAGUUGAGAUCCCUUUGGUGAAUGCACUAACUGGCUGUUCAAUCCCAGUUCCUCUUUUGGGAGGUGACAAAAUGAGUCUCUCCUUUGAUACCAUCAUAUAUCCUGGCUUUCAAAAGGUUAUUAUGGGCCAAGGAAUGCCGAUCCCGACCCAACCGUCUCGAAAAGGCGACCUUCGCAUCCAAUUCCUCGUCAAGUUUCCGUCCGAGUUGAGCGAGGAACAAAGGGCCGAAGCUGCUACCAUUUUGCAAGACUGUUCUUGA